AAGAUGGAGGGAAUGGGAGAUGGCCCGUUUAUUGAAUGUACACAUCUUCCAAGAUCCCGCGCCACCAGCAUAAAUGACCCUGAGCUUGACAUUGCAAAUGAAGUGGGGAACAUGGGUCAGGACAUCCCUGACCCCCAGGACUGCUUUAGCCAGCAACUCAGGGAACACCACAGAAGAAAACAGUGGAGGCUCAACUACCAGGAGGCUGCCAUCUUUUUACAGGAGGGCCACAACAAUGAUAAGUUCUACACCCACCCCCACAGCCACGAGGCUCUGCCUGCGUACCAGGUGGCCCACAACCACUGGUUCUACUGUCUGGACCUGUUUGCGGCUGUGGCCGUCAUGCUACUGGCCGCUUGUGAAAGGCCAGCUGUUCUAGGGCUUGAGAUGCCAGUUGGGGUCCAUGGAUCUAUAGAGCUGCUUUGUCUACUGAUUCUAAGUUUAGAUCUGGGUAUUCGUGUCAAGUGGCUGGGAUGGCUGGGAUUUCUCAAGCACAAGAGAACCCUUUUUAAGGCCGUCUUGACACUGCUCAUGUUGACAGAGGCUAUUGUCGUCCUGGUCAGACAGACAAAUCACUUCAGGGUGACAAGAGCUCUCAGGCCACUCUUUCUAAUACACACUCAUUACUGUCAGGGUGUGCGCAGGAUCACACGUCAAAUCAUGCAGUCCAUGCCUCCCAUCCUGGAUAUGAUUCUUCUUCUUCUUUUCUUCAUGCUGAUAUUUUCUAUUUUAGGUUUUUAUUUGUUUUCUGGAAUUAAGACUGACACUAACUUCAAGACAAUGCAGUCAAGUUUUGUUAGUCUUUUUGUUCUUCUCACAACAGCAAAUUACCCUGAUGUGAUGAUGCCUGCUUACAAUGAGUCUCGAUAUUACUGUGUAUUUUUCAUCAUUUACUUGUCCCUUGAGUUGUACUUCCUUAUGAAUCUACUCCUUGCUGUGGUGUAUGACACCUUUUCCAACCUAGAGAAGAUUAAAGUUAGAUCACUCUUCUUCCACAAACGUGAGGGUUGCAUGCAUGCUUUUAGACUGCUGGUUACACAAUCUAAUCAUUCCCUACUCUCUGUGAAACAUUUUAUUGGUAUGAUGGAAUUCUACAUGCCAAACAAAUCUAGAAAAGACUACUAUCUGAUGUUUAAAGCCCUCAACACUAGCAGAACAGGAAUGGUAACUCUGGAAGAAUUCUUCAAAAUUUAUGAAGUGACGAGGCUCAAAUGGAAACUAAAGAGUGAUUUCAGCCUGUGGUCAUCCAACUUCAAGCAUCCUUGCAACAUCAUAUUUAGAGGCUUGCACUGGUUUGCUAAGUGGAAAUAUUUUGACUAUUUUAUAUAUAUGAUCAUUGCCUGCAACUUUAUUGGGAUUCUAGUUGAGACUGUUCAGAUUUCCUCACAAGAUAUUAAUGUGAAAAAGUACAACUUCACAGCAAACUGGGUCUCCAUAUUAUUUGUUUGUAUAUAUUCCAUUGAGGCCGUGAUAAAGAUCCUUGGCAGAGGACCUCUUGAUUAUUUUACAAAAGGGUGGGAUGUGUUUGACUUUUUAGUGACUGUUGUUACAGUAGUGGGUGUGUUUGGUGAAAUAUUUGAAAACUCUUUUUAUUACGUGAUGGUGCUUCGACCAUUUCGAUUGCUCAGAUUGUUCAAAAUCAAGAAAAGAUACAGAGAUGUUUUGGGAACGCUUUUUGUUUUGUUUUCAAAGCUUUUUAGCCUGGCAAUCUGUAUCAUAAUUGUAUAUUAUUUUUACGCCAUAAUUGGGAUGGAGAUAUUCUUGGAUACUGAUCUGAAGGACUGUUGUCAGAACACGAGUGUUGAAUCAUUCUAUGCCUACAAAAAUGGCACAGUCAGUACAGGCUACUAUUACCUCAAUAAUUUUGACAACAUUUUCCUGUCUGGUGUUACCUUGUUUGAACUGACAGUUGUAAAUAAUUGGUUUAUAAUUAUGGAAGGUUACGCUAGUUCUGUCAGUCAAUGGACCAGGGUUUAUUUCAUGAGCUUUUACAUUGUCAUGAUGGUGGUGAUGAAUAUUGUGGUUGCCUUUGUAUUAGAGUCUUUCAUAUUUAGGAUUAAUUAUCGCAGGCAGAUGCACCUGGAUGACAUUGAAGAUCAUGGACUGUACAAGGAAGAGAUAUCCCUGUCCGAAUCAGAGAUGCAUAUGGUCAGUGUGAACAGCGCCCCACUAACUGGCCAGUACAUAGGUUCUCAGAGGGAUCGGGGACAUUAUGUUUUCACUGGUGAGAGACAUCGCAACAGGGAGGAUUUCAGUCUGCGCAUGUACAGCGAUGAAGUGAAGCUCUGGUCAAACCAGUUCAUGUCCAACCGCAAGGAAGCCAUCCAAGCUAUGGAUCAGAUGCGUAGCCGUCGGCGCCCAAAUUCACAAGCCCAGUCGGAGCUGGUUUUCUUGCCAGCUGACGACUCACCUUCUACAGAGAUCAUAUCAGAUGCUUAGCAGACGUGAAGGUUAAUCCCGGAGAUAAUCUCAGAUGCUUAGCAGACGUGAAGGUUAAUCCCUGAGAUCAUCUCAGAUGCCUAGUAUAAGUGAAGGUUAAUCCCGGAGAUAAUCUCAGAUGCCUAGUAUAAGUGAAGGUUAAUCCCUGAGAUCGUCUUAUAAUUGUAACAGACUUUAAUUAAACCUGUCAGAUAUUUUCACAUGCCCAGCAGAUGUGAGGUUUAACCCUGAAAUCCUUGAUGCUAGCAGAGUUACGUUAAACCUGUUAAAUAAACUCAAAAGCUUUGCAGAUUUGAAUAUUAACCUUUGAAAUCAUUUUAGAUACCAAGAUGACUCAAAAUUUAACCCUAAAAUGCACAUUAAAAGAAAAAAUUCUGAACUAUGAUGGUUUUUGUGUCCUAUACACUCUAGUUAACAUUUUUGUAGUUAUAGUUUUAAAUUUUAAACUUAAAAAUUCAGUUUUGCAUUACUUUUUACUUACCCAUUGCAAAGUUAUUAAUUUCUUACUUGCAGAUCCAAUAAGAUGGAAUAAUUAAUAAUCAA